AUGUCAACUUCAAACCCCAUCGUCUUCACGGCUCCUGGCCUCAACCCUGAUAUGAGCAUUGAGGUCUUCAAGCAGAUCUUCCAUGUCAAAUCUUUUGUCCUGAAGGUUCAUUCCGACUCGAUCUCUGGAAUUUUUAAGUACCAUUGGGUUACGCUGAUUGAUGAGGAUGCAAACCGGUGGUCUUUAACAGCAAAGGAGAACUUUAUGACCAGUCCAGAUAACAAGCCAUAUGCUGGAACUUCACAAGAUCAGGUUGAUGCUUUCCAUGUACUUAUUUCUGCACUUCAUAGCGAGCCAGUCAAAAUCACAACUGCCCACCAACUGUGCCUUAUAGCUGAGCUUGCCGACUUCUACCGAGUUCUCCCUUUGAUGUCCAAUGCCCUCAAUGGGGUCUUCUUUGACAACCCUGAGUUGGCUAUGUCUAUCCUUAUUUUGCUCGAGGCUGCAUACAAGUUGCAAAAUAAGCUCCUGUUUCGGGAGUGUUUUGUUCAUGUGAUGGGCCCUUAG